AUGGGUAAAUUAACACAAUUUAUUACACAUCCCUUUGAAUUAAGGGCUGCCGUCAUCUUAAAAUGCAUUAGAAAACCAUUGUUCUCUGUGAAGGAUACCACAGAAACCCCUGAUUUGAAACAAUGUUAUAAAUUACUAAAAUUAACAUCCAGAUCUUUUGCUGCGGUGAUCAUGGAAUUGAAUCCAGAGUUACGUAAUGCAGUAAUGUUAUUUUAUUUGAUUCUACGUGCAUUAGAUACUGUUGAAGAUGAUAUGUCCAUUGCUCAUGACAUUAAAGUUCCAUUACUACGUGAUUUCCACAAGAAAUUAUCCCUUGAUGAUUGGUCCUUUGAUGGUAAUUCUCCAGAUGAAAAGGAUAGAGCUGUGUUAACCGAAUUUAACUCUAUCUUACAUGAAUUCCAUAGAUUGAAUAGAGAGUAUCGUGAAGUGAUCAUUAAGAUCACAAAGGAGAUGGGUAACGGUAUGGCCGAUUAUAUCCUCGAUGAAGAAUUUAAUUUGAAUGGUGUACAAACGAUCAAGGAUUACGACAUGUAUUGCCAUUACGUUGCUGGUCUGGUAGGUGAUGGUUUAACUCAUCUAAUGAUUAUUGCUAGAUUUGCCUCCCCUGAAUUAAUCAAGAGACCGGAAUUGUUUGAAAGUAUGGGUCUUUUCUUACAAAAGACUAAUAUUAUUAGAGACUAUGCUGAAGAUAUAGAGGCAGGUAGAUCAUUUUGGCCAAAGGAGGUUUGGUCUAUUUAUGGUGAAAAAUUGACCGAUUUCCAAUCUGCAAAGAAUACCAAACAAGGUGUUUUCUGUAUUAACCACUUGGUAUUGAAUGCUCUGGAACAUGUCACUGAUGUGUUGACUUAUUUGAGUUCCAUCCAAGAACAAUCAUCAUUCCAAUUCUGUGCAAUUCCUCAAGUCAUGGCAAUCGCUACUUUAGCUCUUGUAUUUAACAAUGAAAACGUGCUACAUACUAAUGUAAAGAUUAGAAAAGGUACCACUUGUGAUUUGAUCUUAAAAUCAAGAACCUACAAGGGUUGUGUAGACAUCUUCGAAUACUAUUUGAGAGACAUCAGAAAGAGAUUGAAUGUCGAGGACCCAAACUACUUGAAGUUUAACAUCCAUGUGGCAAAGAUUGAUCAAUUCAUUGAAGAAAUGUACCAGGACAACUUACCUCAAGGUGUGAAGCCAAACAAAACUGAAAUUUACUUGAAGGUCACAGAGAGAACCAAGUUCGAUAAUACAGUAGACGAUGUCCAAUACGAGGAAGUUUACAAAUUUAAUAUGGUGUUAACUGUCUUAUUCUCAACCUUCCUAGGUAUCCUUGUGAUAUACUUGAGUCCUUCUAAUGAUGUGAAUUUGAUACAAUAA